AUGGCAGAGGCCGUGUUCAAGCACAAAGUGAAAGAACUAGGCUACAGCGACCACUUCAAACUCAUUGACUCUUAUGGAACCAGUGGAUGGCACGUUGGUGACAGCCCUGACUCGAGAUCAGCCGCCACGUGUCGUAAACAUGGUGUUCCAGUGGACCACUCUGGCCAGCAGAUAUCUACCAGAGACUUUGCCAAGUUCGACUACGUGAUUGGUAUGGAUGAGUCCAACAAGGAGGAUUUGAUGUUCAUGAAGCCAAGAGACAGCAAGACCCGUGUGGCCAUGUUUGGCGAGUGGAAGACCGAUCCUCAGUUCAAAACGAUUGUUCUGGACCCAUACUAUGGAGGCAGAGAAGGGUUCGAGGUUAACUUCAAGCAGAUCAGUCAUUUCUCUGAGGAGUUCUUGAAGCAGGAGAUUGGCGAGAAGAAUAAGAUUUAA